GUCUGGCAGCCUCGGAGGCGGACACACGUAUCGCGAGGGGAGCACCGCCACUCCGGGUCUCGGACGCGGGGCUGCCCGCCACCCGCAGCACCGGAAGCGCAUCCUCGCCUUCCCUCACCUUCCUGUUCCCGGCGGGGCCCGGCUCGCUCGUCUUCUCUAUCCUACGGUCCGCGCUGGCCCUGCCCAAGCGGAGGGCACCGGCGCGGCCAGGGCCGCAGCUGGCAUCCCCGCGCCCCUCGGACAGCCACGAGACUUGGGUCUCUGGAGAGUCAGCCACCUGGGCUCCUGAUCAGCUUUCUAAAGGAGCAGUGUGAGGAAGACAGAAGCACCACCUGGACUGCCAAAGCCACUUGCCAAGCACUGCCGCCACCAUGCCCAAGAGAAAGGCAAAAGGAGAUGCAAAAGGUGACAAAGCGAAAAUGAAAGAUGAGCCACAGAGGAGGUCGGCACGGCUGUCUGCUAGACCUGCCCCUCCAAAACCAGAGCCCAGGCCUAAGAAAGCCCCUGCAAAGAAGGGAGAGAAGCUUCCCAAAGGGAGAAAGGGGAAAGCAGACGCUGGCAAGGACGGGAACAACCCUGCGAAAAACCGAGAUGCCUCCACGGUCCAGUCACAGAAAGCGGAAGGCGCUGGGGAUGCCAAGUGAAAUGUGCAUUUUAGCUAUGUGCUUCUAGUGACUCUACUGUUUGAAAUACUAUUUUUUUUUAAUGAAGUUUUAUAAAAAUGUAAAAUUUUGGUUCUUUUUUUUAAGUUUUGUUGUUAGCACACAGGACACUUCAUUGUUGUCUUUUGUGGAAAGGGCAAAUACCACUAAUAGAAAGUGUCUCAGAAGCUGAAUUGAAAAGGGGGAAAAUAGGAUUUUCUGUCCUGGUUUUUGAAGAGUGUUCUCUGUUCCCAGGAGAGAUCCUCUGACAUUCACACAUGUUAGCCACUUUGGCACAGAAGCCUUACAGUGUGGGGAAGCAAAUCUUCAUGUCUUCUCCUUCCUUGAUGCCAUCAGCAUAGACUUGACUUCCCCAAUCCAAGAGUCUUUAUGUGGCCUUGGCAUCUCUAUAUCAACUGUGUUAGGUAACAAAACUCAGGCUUUCUGGUGAUGACAUUGAGAUGGUGUCACUCAAAAGAGCUAAGAUUCCUGUUUUAGUUUGAGGAUUCAUCCCAUUGAGAAUCCUGCAGGUUUUAGUUCAUUUCCACCAUGUCAGAGUUGGUCUGUGAAAAGUUCUUAACAUGCCUCAUGUGAAGUGUCCACUGGUCUGAAAAUUUUUCCUGUUCAAAGCAGCAACAAAAGACGUUGUUGACUUUUACAGUGACUUUUUGGGGAGGGAAGUUUGUAAGUUGUAAAAUAUUACAGGUUAUCAUCUAUGUCCUGCUGGAAGUUACUGUUUUUGAAAAGUGUCUUAUAAAGCUGGAUACAAGUUUGCUUGGUCAGGGGAGGAAGGGGGAAUUUUUUUCUACCCAAAGUCAUAAAGGUAUUCUUUACUGCCUUGUAACAAUUUCAUAGUUUUUUGCUUUUCUUGUUUGUCUUUAGUCUACUCUGAAGUGAUUUUUUUGAAAAUUUAAUAUUUUUCCAUAUGGAAUAGUGAUUGUCCCAGCCCAUUUACUGAAAACACAUCCUUUCCCCACUGAUCUGUAACACUGGCUCUUUCAUAAAUUAAGUUUCUGUGUAUGUAUGUGACUACGCUUAUGGUUUCUAUUCUGACUUACUGGUCAGUUUGUCUAACUUUGUGGCUAUACUGUAGUACUGAUUACUACAACUUUUAUAAAAGGUCUUGAUUAAAAACCAAGAAGCCUGCACAUUUUAUUACAAUGUUGUCCAAUCCCACCUCUACCUCCAACAUCACCACCAAAUUUUUUGCCCUUGAGAGUGUCUUGGCUAUUCUUAGCCAUUUGCUCUUCCAAACAACUUCUAGAAUUAGAUCAACUAGUUGUAAAUCAAACAAAACAAAAAACACAUUGGAAGUUUUAUUGGAUUCAUAUUAAAUUUAUAAAUUAAUCUGGUGAGGCUUGUCAUCUUUACAAUGUUGUCUUCCAAUGAAUAUGGUAUAUCUCCAUUUAUU